CAGUGCCACAUCCUCAGCAGUGCCAUGUCAGCAGUGCCACGAACGCAGCAGUGCCACGUCAGCAGUGCAUCGCCACCAUGACGGUUCCAGUUUUGAGCAUGCCGGGCCAACUGGCCAGCGAGUCCAUUUCCGAGUUUCGACAGCGGAUCCAAGAUCAGCUCGCACAGAUCGAGGCUGAGGAACAGCGCCAGGCGGCAGCCAAGGCUGCCCGCCUACAGGCUGAAGUGGAGGCAGCAGCUGAAAAGCAACGGCUUCAGGCCGCAGCUGACACAGAUGCCCAGGCCUGCCACAAGCAGGCCCAAGAUCUGCUGCAGCGGCACGAAGCCACCAGAGUCGACGGGCUCAAGUUCUGGCACUUUGAACCAUCCGACGGCCACGACGAUGCAACACUAGAAGAGCAGCACAAGAAGUUUAUCUCCAAGCUUGUGACCCGGAUGGUUUACACUUGUAACCCCCUGCAUUCCGGGUUAGAGAAACAGCACCAGGAACUGGCGAAGCUCCGACAGGCAGUGCGGAACCACAAGGAUCUGCACGAGGAUGCCACACGAGCACUUCAUACCCGUGUACAGGACUUGGAGCAAGCAGCACCAAGACAAGAUGUUGGCGAACCCAGCAAUGCAGCCUCAACCCGGCAGUUGGAGCAACGACUCGACCAUGUACUAGCGAUGCUCGACAAUAUCAGCACCUUCGCCGCACCAGCCUCUAUCAGCGAGCAACUCAACACCUUCAGGAACGAGGUUCGACAACUACACCAGCCGCUCGACAACGAUGGCAGCACCAGUGCAUCGCGGCAAUACAAGAUGCCGACGUUCCGGAUCGAAAUGUUUGAUGACUAUACGCAUCAGGACCCGGUCCCCUGGUGGGAAGGCUUUACGACGGAGCUUCGGAUUCAUCAGGUCCCCGAUCACUUGUACAUCUCGGCGUUGUUCCUCAACGCCAAGGGCGGAUGCCAGAUCUGGCUUAGCCACAUCGCAACCAUUCAUGGCAGUUCAGGUCGCCGACCUGCACAAAAAGAUCUCUUGGGAAGAAUUGACGAAGGAAUGGAAGAAGCGGCUCAUUGUUGACGAAACCCAGACACUCGCCAUCAACCGCCUUUUCGCCAUGACUCAAGGCAACACUUUGACACGCGACUGGCUCAUGGAAUG